AUGGCACAGAGCAUCCCCGAAGAAGUUGUAUUUGCGUUUAUCUACUUUGAGGGGUCCAAUGUUUUGGUCACCCAUGUCUCGGAAAAGAUCAGCGGCGUCCAGAGAGCCCGCGGUCUGGCCCACCAAAGAGUCGUUGCAGCAUACUUUAGUCACUACGAUGUCACUGUCAACACCUCGAAGCCGUCAGAGCUGACACCAGGCAUGCUGCGUGCCAAAACCAGCCACCUGGCCAUCAAGACGCUGCCCAUGAAAGGUAUUGUAUGCGACGAUGCGCAUUUGCGUAUGCUCUCAACCAUCAGUCAAAAAGCAGCAGGCGCCCUCGUCACCCUCACUCACUGUACAUAUGCUUCCUUCUCACUCCCUCCAUCUUCUCAGAGCCAGAGGACAGCCCUAUGCAUCCUCGCUGCUCUGCACUCGCGCUCAUUGCUUUCACCAUGGCUCAGCACCGGCAAGCGCUGUCUUGUUAAAAUCCAAAGCCCAAUUUCUACUAUAGCAGGAUACGAGCGGUCUCGAGCGUCGUCACCGAACAGGGCCGAAAAACAAGUUCUGGUCUCAGCGCUCAGCGGCAACGCAGUCACUCGCGUCGAUCGUCGAAUCCAUGACCGAUGCUGGCGGGUCCAAUUCCCGGUCUGGCACGCCUAUUCCUGA